GACAUUGUGGUGCAGAGUGGAGCUGGAGCGGGGAGCGGGCGGCAGCAAUGUCUCAGGCUCUGUGUUCGGGAAACUUUUAUCACUGAGACUUACAGCUGGAGAUUGAGAUCCGCUGACUCAGCGUUGGAUUGUGGUGCUCUGUUUUUUUCCGAGGGGGAACAAAUAUGGAUGGAAAAGUGCUGUGCUUGCUGGUGCUCUCCUGGGCUUCACUGGAUGCUGUUGCAGAGAUCUGCACGGGGACCAACUGCCACGGCGGGGAGACCGGCGACCCAAGACCCUGUGCCGGAGCCCACUGUCCCAGCGGAAGAUCCUCCAGACCACCGCGGCACCACAACCCCACGGUGCAAGGGUGGGCGGCUCAGAUCGUGGGGAGUCAGUACCACACCUACCCGAGAGCUGAAGCCCACCUGGCGGUCCAGACUCAGCGAGGGCGACUGGGUGACAGCAGCGGCUCAUGGACCAGGUCUUCCGAAGCUUCUCCUCCGGGGUGCGUGGAUGGAGACUGCACUCCAAAAGUGCCUCAGCAAUCCAACGACACCAGAGACUGCAAGGGCUUGGAGUGCAGACUUCCACUCAGAAUUAGACCCAAACCUCGCGGCAGGACCUGUUUGGGAGAAGGAUGUGCGGCCGGUUCCGAGGAGAGAGCCCAGUUCCCCCCGGUGCAUCUGUCUGACCGAGCCGCUCAAUUCCUGGGGGAUUUUCCCGAGUUUGGAAACCCUUCCCCAGAGCUGGGUGCUGCCGCUUUGGGGGUCCAGCUGACGUGUGACAUCAAACCAGGUGAAAAUGAAGUCCCCUCUGAAGAUGCCCUCAUUCUUCACCUGCAACUGGCCAAGGGACAGGAGAAGCUGGUGGACGCCUUACGGGCCCAGCAGGUGGUCAUCCGUGACCUGCAGCAGAAGCUGGCGGACCAGCAGGAGGCGCUCUUGUCCCAGCAGCGUGAGAUCCUGGAGCAGCAGCGUCGCAUGUACGAGCAGAUGGACGUGGUCAAAGCCCAGUACGGCCUCCUCUCCGACACGGUCAAGCAGGUGUCCUUCCAGGGCCUGCAGGGGGAGCUGCAGAGCUACUUUGAGAGUCACCUGGCGGGUCUGCAGAGCCAGGCGCGCAGCCACCUGCAGAAGUCCUACGCAGUUCACAAGAUGGACGUGGACUCCAAGGAGAUGGACGUAAUCGGGGAGGCUCGUUUCCCGCAGCCGCUGUUGGCCUGCCCCUCGACGUGCGGCUCGGAUCACUUCUGCGAUUUCCAGCGGGACCCGCCGCAGUGUGAGAAGUGCACCAUGUGUCCGCCAGGCUUCUUCCUGAUCUCGCAGUGCUCGCCAACAGCAGACAGGAUGUGCCAGGACCGAGAUGAAUGUCUUGAAAUACCGAACGUGUGUGGAGAACACGUCAAGUGCCUGAACACUCCAGGAGGAUUCCGGUGUUUGGGCGCCUCCGAGAGACAGCCGGUACUGGGCUUCUGCGGCCAUGAGUACUUCUAUAACCAGGAGCUGCAGGAGUGCCAGGCAUGUUCCGACUGCGACGGGGAAACUGUCGCAGUUCCCUGCUCGGCCAUCAGUGACUCUGUCUGCAGCCACGUGUCAGAUACCCGCCUCUCAGGGUCCUGGGCCGCCAGCGUAGCUCUUCCCUCCGCCCGGAUCAAUAAAGGCCAGGUCUUUCCUGGACUACAGCUCAACGUUCAAAGUAAGGAGAGCAGUGACCUGCUGUCCAACGCGGAGGGGCGGGUGACCUUCCUGCACCACGGCCUGGUCUGGAUGGAUCAUAACUUUGCCAUAAAACACAGCUGCAGGAACUUCCUACAAGUGGGAAUGAGGCUCAACGUGAGUCAAGAGGAAGAGGGUCAGGACCUCAGUGGGGUCCGCAUCGAACAGCCAGACGGAAAGUACUUCCAAGGUGUGAGCAUUAGCAGUGUGGUGGAGGUGGAGCCCAAUCACACCAUUAGUGUCCUGCUGAGGAGUCCGAACCAACACUGCAACCAGAGCAAAGACAUUCAUGUCUACGAUCUCAACUCCCCGACGUUCAGUUUGCUCUGGCUCUCCCACGAUACCGGAGCCGUGGCCAUGACGGCGCAGAUGUCCCUGCUGGCCCACUAUCAGACCAGCUACCGCCCGACGUUCCGCAUGACCGCCGUGUCUGACCCCUACAUGGUCAGUCUGACCCAUGACAGCAGAGGCGUGCGCUUCACGGAGAGUGGCGUCGUGAAGUUUGUCCUCCAGCAGGCGCUCUACUCGAUGGGACACACUUGCAUUCAAGAGGGUUUCUUCCUCAUUGCCCACACCAACCGCAACAGCACCGGACCGUCAGCCCUGCAAUCCUUCAAAACCGGUGUCAACUACCGGGACACGUCCAUCACCCUCUCCGGGGCGCUGAGAGUGGAGGGAGGAGACACGCUGAGCUUCGAGAUCACAUCUCCAACGCAGUGCAACAUCCGUUACUUCGGUGACGGCACCGGCAUCAGCAUGCUGAGCCUUAUGUGGAUUCCGUCGGCCGUGUCUGCAGCUCUGACCGCCACCGUGUCCAAGACCGGUCUUCCUUUCGGAGCCGUCCGGAACAAACCCUUGUUUUUCCAGCAGAUCAGCUCGGACACAGAGCAGGUCCACUUGGCCCGCUCUGGAGAGCCAAACGCCCGCAAGAACUUCGUCUUCCGUGAGAAAGGAACCGCCAACAUCGCCAUCAACCUGAAGCUGAUACACUCUUGCAACAUCAUCAAGCUGACUUUACAGCGAACGGCGGGUCUCGGUCCGGGCAGGCAGGUGGGACCUGUGGCUCAGCAGGUGUCCGGCACCAUGCCAGAGGGCAGCGAGUGGGCCAGCAUCGGCCUCAGGACCUCGUUUCAGGUCCAGAAUGGCACAGCAGUCUAUGUGACUCUAGACUGCCUCCGAGGACGCGUGAACCAGAUCACGGACAAAGAGGGAACAAACAUUUCGAUCCUUUGGGUCGCAGUGUAGACACAAGACUUAAACACACGAUUUUGCACAUUGAAUUGCAGCGCAGAUUCAACCCGGGAUCCAAGAGAGAAAUAUAUUCUUCACAUUUGUCCAAAAUGUAAUAUUUGAAUUCAUACAUAAAUAUAUAUAUUUUUUUGUUAUACCUGUUAGAGAGUACUGCGGGAGUACUUUGGCUGGUUGAGCAGUGACCAAUCUUGUGUGAGUGAUUUGUGUGCGAUUCCCUUUGACAUUAAUCUGUGAUGGAGGAUACAACCCUGAAAUCUGCUUGUGCCGGAUGUAAACAACACAUUUUCACUCCAAAGGAUUCAAAUCGCAACUAUUUUCAAGCGGACUUUUGCAUCCCAGAGUGACACCGAAGUCAGUCUUCCGCGUCGUGGUGGGCACGGGCAGUGCGGUUGGGGUUGGGGUGAAGCCAUUAGAUGGCGCUCUGAGUACCAGUUUGUGUCUGUUGGUAUGUAGCGCCUCAAUUCAUCAUGCGUUUCUCUCACAGUGCCUGAUGGUGGCACCACAGGUCAAGUGCCUAGCCCAAGCUUCCGAACAACACCUUCUUUUGAAUGCCACGAUGGUGGGGAAGCAUUUGACUCUAUCAAACCCCCAGAGCGACAACAUGCAACGUGGUCGGCCAACUUCAGCGUCACGGUACACUUGAAAAUAGUCACUUUUUGGCACCUUAAAGGUGAGGCUGAGCUGUGAGUUCCUGAAAUUUGACUCUGGUUCAUGUUGUUCGCUUCGGUGCUACAGGCGUAAAUGCCGAAACGGGUAACUGAAUGAUGCAACUAGGGUGUCAACUUCCUGUUCAUUUUUAAAAAGCGUUUGCAGUCCGACGCUUCAUAGCUAAUGUAGCUAACCUGCUCAUGUUGCUUUCAUAUUUCAAGUGCUUCCGUCAACACUGUGUCAUGAAACCUUGUCAACCCAUCACUAGCGUAAUAUCUUGAUGUUGGGAAGUGGACUUUUGUGUCCUAUACCAGCCCUCCACGUUGCACUCCCAACGUUAAUAUGCUGUGGGAAUGAGGAUGUGUAGUGCUGUUUAGGAAUUCUCAGUGUACAAAGUGUUAAAAUGAUGAUGAAGAAGAUGCUAAUUUAGCAUAGCACGAUUGCCUACAGUUCUACAGUACAAAAGAAUGUCAGCAUUAGUUUUAAUGUAGCUCGGGCGCUAAUCUAGCUUUGAUUCCAGUGUCGUCGUAGCGCUCGGCCAAGCUAAAGUGCUAAGCUACCUGACCUCUUAAUGUUCCUAGAAUGCCAUGAUGAUGAGUCCUUGAGACACGAAAACAAAUAAGAAGUGAAAGUAUUUCAAAUAUGGCAUUGCUGAUAUUAUCAGCCAGAUAUUAGCGUUAGCAUCUAUGUUGGGUUUCCGCCAUAAAGAAAACUGAUAUCGCCAGAUGUGUUGAAAAUGGCUGCAGAAAUUGUUCUUGCUUUUAUCAGACAUGUUUAUUACAUGCAUCACAGCAGCAAUAAUUCAUGUGUUCAUUUCAUCACGGCAGAUGUGAUAUGCGUUCGGACAAUAUGGGACAUCUCAACGUGUUACUGUACAGAGUGUGAGUGAGUCCACAUGAUCACCACCAUCGAUGUUUCUGUUGAAUUCCGAUUAAAAAGACACAUCUACAGAGCCUGUCAAAUAUCAACAUUCACUGAUGGUUCGUAUCGUAUGGGUCUGAUAUUUAUUGUUGUUUACACAGCCAGACAUGUAUUGCUUUCGUCAACGACUCCAGUAAAAACGGAACAAAGGCGAGGCCUUGUUUUUGCCUGAAAGCUGCCGCUGUGUGAGCGCUCGUCCAUGCGUGUAUGAAAGGCUGUGUGUGUGUGUGUGUGUGUGUGUGUGUGUGUGUGUGUGUGUGUGUGUGUCCUGGACAAUUAGGCACAAUUAAGCGCCGGAGAGAGUUUGGCAUCCGACGCUUGAUCCUCUGCUCAUCGCUCUCUCGUGUUUACAGACUCAGCAGCUCCUUCUUCGCUUCAUGUCAAUGCAUUUAUUGUUGUAAACGCCAAAUAAAACCUACACAUA